AUGUCUUCGGCUAUGAAGUUCGACGAUACUCUCGGUCCCUUGCUCCUGGGAGGCAUGUUCGCAAUGGCGCUGUGGGGGAUUACAUGUGUUCAAACGUACACCUACUUUUCACGACCCCGAAAAGAUAGACCGAUCUUCCGCCUCAUCAUUGCUUGCCUCUGGGCAAUCGAUACGUUCGAUACUUCCCUCAACAUUCACCUAACCUAUCACUACAUGGUCAGCAACUUCAUGAAUUUCUCGGCACUCCUUAUCCCGGUCUGGAGUGUAAUUUUGCAUGUAGCCAUCACCGCAACGUCCAAUUUUAUCAUCAGGACCUUGUUUGCGUAUCGUAUCUUCAACCUUAGCAAGGGCAACAUUCUUGUGACAGCGUGGAUCAUGGCUAUCUCCACGACGGACCUAGUUACAGGGAUCAUUAUCACGGCGAAGGCGUAUCAACUGGAUAACUUCCUCCAGCUGGACACCCUAUCCCAUCUGAUGUACCUCACGUUCGCUGCAGGAACCGGGGCAGACCUCAGUGUCGCUAUUGCUCUGGUCUGGUUACUCAGAAGGUCUCGAACAGGAUUCAGAAAGACCGACGGUCUUAUCAAAACCUUGAUGCUAUACACCAUCAACACGGGUCUAAUCGUUGCCAUCGAUGCGGCCCUGGGCAUGAUCCUAUACGUCGUGAUGCCGCGCAACUUCAUUUUCCUCGGAUUCUACCUGCUUCUGAGCAAAUUGUAUCUUAACUCGUACCUUGCCACCAUGAAUGCCCGACAAGACCUACGAGACAAGAUCAAUGAACCGGUCUCGAUUCACCUUUCCGAGAUACAAUCGGGAUCGCAUCGAUUUGGUAGCGAAGAAUUGUCGCCCUCAAUGUCAGAAAAGUCUCAGCAAUCCACCCGACCCGAGCUCUCCAUUUCCAUCCAGACACUGGUCGACAAACAGGUGGAUAGCCCCAUCGCACAGAGACAGUCGAGAGACAAUCUUAGUUAUCAUACCGGUAGAGCGUACUGA